CAAUAUUUUUCAAAGUUCGAAACACUUUGGUGUUCAAAUCAAAAACCUUCUUUUCUCCUCCCAACGCCAGAGAGAGCACUCUUCUCCCAACUCUCUGUGAACCUCACAAAGAGCCCUCUUUUUGACUCUCAGUCUCUUUGUCCUUUUCUUCUUUUAACUCCAUCGAAAUCCCAGCCUAGUUUCACGGAGUCUUAAUAAAACCUCUCAGCCCUUUAUUAAUUUGUUUGUGUUUGGUUUUCCCUAUCCGCCUAGAAAUGCUCGAGUUCAAGAUUAUUAAGGAGAAAAUGUGGAUGUUUUCUCACUGAUCGUCUUUCCCGAACCCCCUCGUUCCCACACCUUGUCUUAUUGCGUAAUGGAAGGUAUGUCCAAACCUACUAAAACAGUUACCGUCACCAUAGCGAUCACCAUCUUCGUUCUGACUAACAAAGUAGCUGGUUUACUAAACUUCCCUUUUCCAAAGCUCUCUUUCUGUUUUUAUUCGAAUUCUUCAUAUGCGUCCGAGUAUCCGGCCCUGUUCGACCCGCUUUUGCAUGGUUCAGGAGGGUUUGGUGGUGUUCUGCGAGGUGGAGGAACUGGGUUGUCGCAUUCUUUGGUUUUGGAUAGUAGGAAGGGUGAGCUUGUGAAAGCCCCAGUGAAGGUGGGGAAAAAAGGGGUAUCAGAGGCCAAGGCUUUGGCGGCUUUGAAAAACCAUAGCGAGGCAGAGAGGAGGAGGAGAGAGAGAAUUAAUGCCCAUCUUGCUACGCUUCGUGGUCUCGUGCCCUGCACUGAAAAGAUGGACAAAGCCACAUUGCUUGCUGAAGUUAUCAGCCAAGUGAAAAAGUUGAAGAAGAAUGCUGCAGAAGCCAGUAAAGGCUUACUUAUUCCGAUGGAUGCUGAUGAAGUGAGAGUUGAACCAUACAACAACAGGACAGGGGACGGAAGAGUUUCUUUCAAAGCGACUAUCUGCGCCAGUAACCGAUCUGAGCUCCUGUCUGACAUAAGACAAGCUCUGGAUGUUCUUCACCUGAAGAUGGAUAGGACAGAAAUAUCAACCUUGGGAGACAGAGUGAAAAUUAUAUUUGUUUUCAGCUGUUAUAAAGAAGAGAAUAGUAAUGGUGAGAAAUGCCAAAUUCUUGCAAGUUCUGUGCACGGUGCCCUGAGUUCUGUACUGGAUAAGGCCUGUGCUUUGGCAGAAUAUUCACCAAGAACAACACAGCCAAGCAAAAGAAGGAGGAUCUCUUACUUUGAUUCCUCAAGCUCAUCCUCAUGAUUUGAUCAUGUCAGUGUGGACCCUGAAAAUUUGCAUAUAGUGGUUUUAUAUAUGUUAUGUAUGUAUAUAAUAUAUUUAUAUGUGUGUGUGUGCAUACAUGGAUGUGUGGAACUGCCAACCAAUUGUGAUACAUAUGGUAUGUUCGCUGUAUUACAGAGACACUUUUUCUUUGUCCAAAAGAUAUAUCGGUAUUUUCUAUUACUGAUGGUCUGAUGGACAUGUUUGGAGUGGGUUCAAAAUUCGUUGGCUGUCUAUGAAUUAUGAAUAAUCAACCGAAUGCAGAGACUCUCAUAUGUUAUUAUGGAUUUUAAUUUCAGGGAUCA